AUGGCGACUACACAGACUUUAACUGAAGCCCCGUUUGAGUCCAUAUCUCUUGAAGAUAGAAACAGGAAUCAUCAUGCUACAGAGCGACAAGAGAAUGGUCGAGGAAGACGCAUUUUUGAAGCGGAUCCUGCUUUCACAAUAACUCUGGCUACGAGGCGAAUGAUCAUUGCUUUGUUGGUGUGCGCCAAUACUGUUCAGUUCGUCUCCAACGCAGUAACUAUUGCCGGCGGUCUUGCGCUGAGCAAAGACCUCGGGCGCGAAUCCGGUCCUGGGAAAGCUAACUGGAUGGUAGCAUCUUACCCACUCACACAAGGCGCAUUUGUCCUAGUGACAGGUCGCCUUGGCGCCAUCUAUGGCCAUAAGCAACUAAGCCUUCUUGGAUGCGCCGUCUUUACUCUCUUUUCGUUUGUCAACGCCUUUACCAAGACGUACGAUUCCUUCAUUGCCAUGCGUGCUCUCACAGGCGUAGGUGGUGGUAUUUUCAUGCCCAACGCCGUGUCUAUAAUCACAACUAUGGUACCACCUGGUCAAUCCCGGAAUAUCGUCUUGGGUUUUUUUGCAGCGUCGCCUCCUUUGGGUGGCAUGGUUGGCGCACUGAUAACCGGUGUUUUCAUGGAUCAAGUAAAUUGGAUGUGGCUUUUUAUCCUCAUUGCGGGUGUCUCCGCGUUGAUCCUAGUCUGGUUGACUUUGCUCAUGCCCAAGGAGACCCCAGUCGACAAGGGAGGGCAUGUUGAUGUUCCUGGAAUUAUCCUGGGGCUGGGGAGUCUUUUACUCUUCAAUGUAGUAUGCAACCAAGCACCUUCGGUGGGAUGGAAUACUCCCUACGAAAUCGCUCUGGUUAUACUUUCAGUGCUCCUCUUUACCACAUUCCUUUUCUGGGAGAAACGUUACGCAAAAGAUCCCAUCAUGCCACUUUCCAUCUUUCAGGCUCCGACAUUUCUCGCUUUGAUCUUUGUUGUUUUGCUGAGCUACAUGGCUUUUGGAAUCGGGAUUUGGUAUUCUGUGGCUUGGCAACAACUUCUGCGCGGAGUGUCUUUGACGCAAACAGGCUUACACUUCAUUCCUUUCGGGCUCAGCUCUAUCCUUGCCGUUUUCGUUGCAGCAUGGCUCAUUCCGCGUAUCGCAGCGCAAUGGAUCAUGGCCAUUGGUGUGCUAGUCACGUUUGUUGGGAAUAUUCUUUUGGCAACGAUGCCGGUUCAACAGACAUUUUGGGCACAGCUAUUCCCCGCCAUGGUUCUGUAUGGCUUCUGCCCAGAUCUUGUUUACGUUGCCGCACAGGUAAUUGCUAGUAACAGUGUCAAUCGGCGCCAACAGGGUAUAGCCAGUAGUCUUAUCGGAACACUCAAUCUAUACGGCAACAGUCUGGGUCAAGGAUUCGCGGGAACGAUUGAGACAGAAGUCGGAACAAACAACGACAAUGAUGCCAAAGGAUAUAGGGCAGCUCUGUAUUUUGCGGCCGGCUUAGCGCUAUUAGGACUUACUCUCGACAUUGCGUUCGUCAGGUUGCCCAAGGACCAACGUGAGGGUUGGGAUGAUCCGUCUGAAGGAGAUGAGCAGGGGGCUGAUGGUAUGACUACGGCCAUUGAGGUUGAACGCUCUGUAUAG